AUGGAAAAUCAACAUCACCACCCGAAUCCGACCCGCAGCUACGGAGACGACCCGCACGGAAACAUACGGGCCUGGCUCGACGGGAUCGUCAUGGAAGACGAACACAGGCCGGUCGUUACGGACGUGCUGCAUGCCCUCAGCGGCAUCCAGAGUCCGACAGGGCAAAGCAUGGGCGGACACUACCCUGCCGGGAAGCAGGUGCCAGGGGAGCCGGUUGUGAAUGUGCGAACCAUCGGGCCCGGCUUCAUCGGGCGUGCCCCACCUCUGGGCUCUACAGAGUUCCUCGCAAAUGUUGUCGUCGUGGCAAUCUUGCUGCUGUUUGCACCGGGUUUCACGCUCAUUGCGGCGGGCAUCUUCAUCACUUCCAGGGUUGCCGAGAAGUGGGCUGGGAAUGCGUAA